AUGACACCCAGUGCCAGCUUCAGUCUCAUCCGAAGGCCCAAGUUAGACCCUGACGCCGGUCCUCCCAAGACUGCCAUGGCCGCUUUAAGGCAAGCCAAAACUGCCGAACGUCUUGCAAAUCAGAAUGCCGCGAUUGCGAAAGGCAAUUAUCAGCUUGCGGAUAUCCCCUGUGAGGCCUGCAGCAAACGCCAAGAUCGAGACAUUGUUCCAUGCGCUAUCCGUUCCCCCCCACAACAAGGAUCCUGCUUCACCUGCAGUACAGUAACCAAGAAAAAGGACACCGACAGUGAGGUCGAAGACGAGAUCCAAAAGGGGUUGCAGGAUCUUGAAACGGCCACAGUCUCCGGGGGAGAUGCCCAAGUGAAGAUCGUGAGGAAGAAAGUGAGGUCAAAGAAGCCGCAGGUGAAGAAGGUGAAGCCGGAUGUCAAAGAGAAGGGCAAGCAGGAUGUCGAAAUGGCCGCAGUCGGGCAUGAUGUGGAGCAUGCAAUUGACGUGGACAUGGAGGUUGGUCUGACAAUGGGAAAGGGGAAGUCCAAGGGUGGUAUCAACAUAGAGAUGGCCGAAGUCAAACAUGAGGAAACCGAGGUCGGUGCCAUUCCAAAAGCUGACAAAGACGUGGGCCGGGUGACUCCCACCAUAAUCAUUGAGCCACCCACACCACACACAUCGGCGAUUUUCAAGAGCACUGAGACCGAGGUUGGUACCAACACUGACAAAGGAAAGGGCCGGGAGAUUGGGCCGCCAGCCAGUGAGAUGGAGUGGAUCGUGCCCGAGUUAGCAAUGCGGCCAGAAUUGGGCUUGGCUGUCAAUUAUAUGCAACAAAGCUUUACACCCCCACCUGUUGAGCACACGUCCCGGCCAGAAGGUUCGCGUUCGGUAUCCCGUUCUCGGCAGGUCAGCCCACCAGAUCCCAAGGAGGUUCAUCUUGACACGGCGCUCUAUCAGAAGAAGAUUGACUUUAGGUCCUUGAGCCCCCCACCGAACUUCGACAUGCAGACGAUGCAGCAGGAGAUCAGAAGACUUGCUCAUGGCCAAGCCGACCUCCUGCAGAAACUCCGAGACCAACAAGCGCAAGUCAGCGUCAUGGAGUCGUCUACCCCUACUAUGCGAGAGUAUUCAGCAUUUGUGGUCCGAAAACAAGAUAUUGACGCAAGUGCCCUUCUCCCCCCAGCGGUUGACUCACCCGUGACCCUGUCACAACGUCUUUUGGCACUCGAAGUGAUUACCCGGUGUAUUCAAGAUCAAGAUUUGGCUAGCCGUCCUCUGUCGGAGAAAAUUGCAAGUCUAGAGACCUCCGUUUGGUUUCAGGAAGAAAAAAUCACCGGAGCGACUCGCCGGAUGGACCGUAUUGAAGAGUCUGCCCACAGGCGUUGGAAGGAAACACAAGAAGAUUUGCAGUCCAUCCGAAGUGAUCACCAGAGACUGGAAGCCGAGGUGAGGGAAGCCGUCAAGACACUGGAGAACAAGUGGGAGACUACGCCAGCUGCGUUACAAGAGAGUCUCAGCCGGGGCUUUGAGAAACUUGCAAGCCGCAUCGAAACUGCCGAGCUAACACUCCACGACCUCACCAAAUCAGUCACUACUAUUUCGGAGCUCAACCUGCGGCUCGGUGCUCGCCAAUCAAGUCUGGAAUCGCUCAUUAUCCAGUUCCUUGGCAAGAAGGAGAAGAAGCACACUGGCAUCAAUACCGAUUGCUCAGUCUCACCCGACCGCGGUCAGAAAAGCCAGCAGGUACAAGUCUCCCCGACCCCGGGUGUUGUUCUGCCAAACCCAGUUUCAACCGAUCACGCGCAAGUCUCUCCAACCCCGGCCGUCUUUCUGCCUCCAGCAUCUGAGAGCCCAGCGGUCCUUCUGUUGGCGCCAAACCCAAUUCCUCCAACCCGGGCAAGUUCGCCCGGUCCUUACAUUGGGGGUAAUAGGAAGUCACCUUGGCUACAGAAACUCGAACCCACAUUUCAAACCCCUGCACAGACCGAGUGCGGUUGUUUGAGCCAGACCUGUUCCAACAUGGUGUCAACUGGAUGGGACCAGGUUGGGCUGAUCCACACUGCAUGGGAUUCAAAGCUCUUCAGCAGACCCAUGACACAUGAGCCCAUUCCAUGA